UCAACCGAUCCUGCAUGUGGCAGCCUUACAUAAACCACAAAGUCAUCCUGUUAUACUGUUCUAUCUUUUGAGCAACUAGACUAGAUCAGAACCGCUUGGAUAUUGAAUUAGAUGGGUGUAUUUUCAGAGUUGACGUUCCUUCUCCUAUCAACCCUCAAUUGGUUUGGACUGAUUAGUCUGGUCAUUGGUUUUCUACUGGUGGUUGUACUACUUGUCAUCUUGUUCAAAUCAGACUGUGACCUGUCAUUGAAGCUGUACGAGAAGCUUGGAGCCAACCCGUCCAAGCUCUAUGGCAAGGUGGUGUGGAUUACCGGGGCCUCUAGUGGCAUCGGUGAAGACUUGUGCUACACUUUAGCGAGUUGUGGAGCAAAGCUCAUUCUGUCGGCAAGGAGAGAAAAGCAGCUGAGGAAAGUGCUGGAGAAAUGCAAAGAGUUGUCCCCUACUGAGAUGAAAGAGUGUCACAUGGUACUGCCGUUGGACCUGCUCAACACAGACCAUCACCGUGACUACGCCCUCGAGGUGCUACAGGAGUUUGGCCGAAUUGACAUCCUGGUGAAUAAUGCCGGGCGCUCACAGAGAGCAGAGGCCAAGGAGACACGGCUGGACGUGGACAGAGCAGUCCUGGAACUGAAUACCCUAGGAACCAUCUCCAUGACGAAGGUGGUGCUACCUCACAUGUUGGAACAAGAGGACGGUGGUAUCAUUACAGUCAUCAGCAGCGUGGCUGGCAAAAUGGGUGCCCCAGGCUCUGCUUCAUACAGUGCCAGCAAGCAUGCACUUCAGGGAUACUUUGACACUCUAAGAAUGGAGCUGGCAGACACAGGUGUGGGAGUACUGACUGUCUGCCCUGGACCCGUGGACACUCCAUUCAUGAGAGAACUGUUUGGGAAAGAGCUUGUACAGAAACAAAAAGAGGAGGUUAGAAAGAAACACCUUCUGGAGAAGAUUGGUCCAAAGCCGUCACUAAACGGUGAAGUAUGUGAAGUCCUCAAAACUUUCCCUGUUGCGGAUUCGAUCAGUGCUAGUACUGAGAGCACAGAGACAUGGAAAUCAGACCCUGGCAGACUGAAUGGGAACCGGUGUGCGCAGCUAAUAGCAGUAGCCAUGGCUAACAACUUGGAGGAAGUGUGGAUCUCUAAACAACCUAUUUUACUGUUCACUUAUCUCAGCCAGUACUUCCCUACAGUGUUUAGAUGGCUGGGAAAACACCAAGGAAGCAAACGACUAAAUGCCAUCAAAGCAGGAAAACAUAAUGUUGAUGGUCAUUUCUUCCGGUGAUGGUGCACUUAACAAAGAACAAAGACUCACAAAAGCAUGUGUGACUUUAUUGGUGUGUUUUCAUUUUUUACUAUAAUUAUGUAUGGAAGUGUGCACGUUUGUAUCUUGUGAUUAUUAUUAUGAUGCAAAUAAAAUUGUUUGUGACAAUGAUAA